AUGGCUUCACCACCAACACCAAACAUCACGAACACCGCGCAAGAGGCCGCAGCCGUUGUCGCUCAGAUUCGUGAUGAUGCCGCCACACGCCUACGCACCGCCUUUCCGUACUUGAAGACUGAGGCCUUGGACAAUAUUCUGAACCACAUCUUUGCUGCCGAAAGCAUGAUCACCGCGCAAGACACAGCCAUGACAGCCUCGAAAGCGAACAAGUGCUUCACCGACCUGCCGCCUGAACUACGAACCCGAAUCUACGAGAUGGCACUCAUCAGCGAUGACAAGAUCGAAAUCCAGACUCUACGCCUAAUGGAAUACGAUGACACCAUUAUGGUUCAAGCAGACGCGCGUGCCGCUCUACUCAGCGUCAAUCGCCAAGUUCGAUCUGAGACACUGCCCGUAUACUACGGCAACAACACCUUCAAAGCCACCUUCGGACGAGGUUGGGAUAUAUCUUGCACCGGUGCAUCCAAGGUCGUGGUCGAUUGGGCCAAAAUGAUUGGGCAAGAGCAGGCUGGAAUGCUCUCGAAGCUCAACAUCGAGUUUCCAGGCGACUGCCACGAAGGCUUAAUCUACCAGCUCCCAUACUACUCCACUGGAAUGCUCACAGCCGCCAAGCGCGGUCAUCCUGUGGAGCUAUUGUCUAGGGACGACAUUUUGCGAGUCCUUGGACUCGAAGCUUUGGGGAUCAAGAGGGAAGCUAUCGGAGUAUUCUACGGCAUAGACGCUGCGGGAAUCUGGUUCGAAUAA